UUUUUUUUUUUUUUGAGACGGGGUUUCACUCUUGUUGCCCAGGCUGGAGUGCAACGGGGUGAUCUCGGCUCACCACAACCUCUGCCUCCUGGGUUCAAGCGAUUCUCCUGCCUCAGCCUCCCGAGUAGCUGGGAUUACAGGCAUGCGCCACCACACCUGGCUAAUUUUGUAUUUUUAGUAGAAACGGGGUUUCACCGUGUUGGUCAGGCUGGUCGCGAACUCCCAACCUCAUGUGAUCUGCCCGCCUUGGCCUCCCAAAGUGCUGGGAUUAUAGGCGUGAAACACCGCACCAGGCUUAUGUGUAGUUUUUAAGUGAGGGAACUGAGGUACAGAGAGAAUAGAAAACUUGUCCCAGAUCACAUUGCUAAGUGACCCAAGGCUGCAUAAGAGAUAAAGUGUACUGCCACAGCUUGGGUGAGUGCGCUGUUUGGUGCCAAAAUGCAGACCAAGAAGGGCUUCAGAGAGGAGUACAUUUCAGUGUGGUCUCAUUGGAGGGAUUGUUAAAAAUUCUUGAAAAACUUCAUUUAGCUUGCCUAGAUUCUUUUAGCUAAUUAUUGAGGGGUAAGGAGGUGGCAUCUGGGGAAAAGCUUACAAGGUAGAGGGAGGAAGCCAGCUCUCUAGUAGGUUAGCAGGAUAGGGCUGUUAAGAGCCUGUUUCCUUUUACCUUUCACCAUAAUACUCAGCUUUCCCCAGAUCUGCAGAGGAAUCUUUUUAGCAUCUUAAAAUCACUAACAGCCAGAUUAUUCCACAAUAAGUAUUUGUAGAAGCACCUGUACAUUACUUUCUGGCAACUUAUAGACCUAGGAGUCAGCAAAUAUGGACCAAAUUUGGUCUGCCACUUUUUUUGGUAAAACCGUUUUAUUAAAACACAGGCAAGCUCAUUCAGUACAUAUUGUCUAUUUCUGUUUUCAGACUACAAAGGCAAAGUUGAACAGUUGAGACAGAGACUAUAUUUCCCAUUUAACCCAUUAAACCUAAAAAAAUUUGCUUUCCCGUCUGUUACAGAAAGUGUUUGCUGACCCUUGACAUUGACAAACUGCUCAGCUCAGAUGAUCCAUGAUUAGAAGGAUGUGGUCAUCACCAAAAUGUCUUUCUUUCUCCGUAGGUUUUAGUAUCAACCAUAAUAGCAUCUAACCCCUGUUGAGUGCCUGCCAUCGAGUAGAUAUCUUUUUGAAUGCUUUAUGUGAAUUAACUCAUCAAGGAUUCACGGAUUAUCAGAGCUGGAAUGACCCAUCCUUAUUAUGGCUUUCUCUUCACUUCAGGGGCUCCCAGUUUUCCAGACCUGAAGUGUUUUCCAAUCAAAGCGAAGAGACAAUCUGUGGAUGUUGAAUAUGCAAGGAGCUGAAGAGAGAGACAUUAGAAGAGAGACUUGUCCAGGCUGGGUAAACAAGAACAAGCCUGCUCCAGAGCAGGAUGUCUGUAAAAUUGACUCAUCAGGGAUAGUAGCAAAGAGGUUCCAAGAGGAUGAAUACGAAGAUUCUACAUUUGAAGAAAAAUAUGCAUGUGAGGGCAUGAAGGAAAACUCUCCAAGGGAGAUUGCUGAAUCAUGCCUUUUCCAGGAAGGAGGUUUUGGGGGAAUAACUUUCAUCCACAAAGAAGCACCCCCUGAAAUUAUUAGUCAAGGAUAUAAUUUUGAGAAAAGCUUGCUUUUGACCUCAAGCCUUGUUACACGUCUCAGGGUUUCUACAGAAGAGGGUCUGCAUCAGUGGGAAACAACUAAUAUACAAACCAAUGAUAUUUCAGACCAAAGUAAAUGUCCAACUCUCUGCACACAGAAAAAAUCUUGGAAAUGUAAUGAAUGUGGAAAAACCUUUACUCAGAGCUCAUCCCUUACCCAACAUCAGAGAACUCAUACUGGAGAGAGACCCUAUGCAUGUGAGGAAUGUGGGAAAGCCUUUAGUCGUAGUUCAUUCCUUGUUCAACAUCAAAGAAUUCACACUGGAGUGAAACCAUAUGGAUGUGAGCAGUGUGGGAAAACAUUUCGAUGUCGAUCAUUUCUUACUCAGCAUCAGAGAAUUCACACUGGAGAGAAACCUUAUAAAUGCAAUGAAUGUGGGAAUUCCUUCCGCAAUCACUCACAUCUCACUGAACACCAGAGAAUUCACACAGGAGAGAAACCUUAUAAAUGUAAUAGAUGUGGGAAGGCAUUCAAUCAGAAUACACACCUUAUUCAUCAUCAGAGAAUUCACACUGGUGAGAAGCCUUACAUAUGCAGUGAAUGUGGCUCUUCUUUUCGAAAACACUCAAAUCUUACACAACAUCAGAGAAUUCACACUGGGGAAAAACCCCAUAAAUGUGAUGAAUGUGGGAAAACUUUCCAAACAAAGGCAAACCUCUCUCAGCAUCAGAGAAUUCAUACUGGAGAGAAACCCUAUAAAUGUAAAGAAUGUGGCAAAGCCUUUUGUCAGAGCCCAUCUCUUAUUAAACACCAGCGAAUUCAUACUGGAGAAAAACCAUAUAAGUGUAAGGAAUGUGGCAAAGCUUUUACUCAGAGCACCCCACUCACUAAACAUCAGAGAAUACACACAGGGGAGAGACCCUACAAAUGCAGUGAAUGUGGUAAAGCCUUCAUUCAGAGCAUUUGCCUUAUUCGGCAUCAGAGAAGUCACACUGGAGAAAAACCCUAUAAAUGCAAUGAAUGUGGAAAGGGCUUUAAUCAGAACACCUGCCUCACUCAGCAUAUGAGAAUUCAUACUGGAGAGAAGCCCUAUAAAUGUAAAGAAUGUGGGAAAGCCUUUGCUCAUAGCUCAUCUCUUACUGAACAUCAUAGAACUCACACUGGUGAGAAGCUCUAUAAAUGUAGUGAGUGUGAGAAAACCUUCCGCAAGUAUGCACACCUUAGUGAACAUUACAGAAUUCACACUGGUGAGAAGCCUUAUGAGUGCAUUGAGUGUGGAAAGUUCUUCAGACAUAGUUCAGUCCUUUUCAGACAUCAGAAACUUCAUAGUGGUGACUAAUGCUGCCAUUUAGGUUAUGACAGUUUCUCUAGCGAGAAUGACUACGAAUCUGACUGGAAGUAGAGGGGCAGGUAGAGUUCCUGGAGGGAAGGAUGAAGGAGCCUUGGCUACUGUACUUUGAGAGGAAUGUUUCCAGAAAUGGAGGUGGGAGCUUAGGGAAUGCAGAGCCUACUUGAGGUAGGCAUCUGGGAAUAUAGGGUAGGAAGAAAUUCUUGCUUUUCAGAUAAAGCCUACACAUUGCCAUUGUCUCCCCAUGUGACUCUUACAGCUUGAGGAGGCAUUUGUUAAGUUAGCACUUCUGUUCACUUUACUACACCCUGCCCCACCUUCUGACUUGUCACCCAUUUUCGUUGGCUGGCAGGUUGAGAUAUUUUUCUUAAACACUGCCUGUCAGUGGGAAGUGGCACAGUUCUGAAGUAGUGCAAGUCUAAGUAACCUCCAGAUUUGAGGCAGCCCUGACCAUGCUACCAUGGGGGAGGCUCCCAACCUGUGGAAGUGGUCCUGUGAAAAGGAGACAGAAACAAGUAAGAGCCAAAAAAAAAAAAAAAAUCCAUAUCCAUUCAUUAAAAAAAUAAGGAGAUAUAAAGCAACAACUGGGCUGACCUCUGUAGAUCUGCCAGUAAAGACGGCUUUCUUUCAUUAUCAGGGUGAAGGUCUUUCCUGAUUCUUCCAAGCUUUGAGGUGACUCAGAGCUAAGAAUGAAACGGGAGACCAAGUUAGAAUUCAUGAUGUUGGUUUAUGGGAAGGCAGUCAUACCUGUUCAGAGAACCAGGAAGACUCAAUAUCUAUCUCAGAGGAAUAAUGGUUACCCAGGAAAGAAAUGGUCUGCUAGAGUGAUAAGACUCAGAACAGGAAGCCUGCAUGUGACUGAGCAAGUCACCUACAUAACUCUGCCUGUACUAAGGUGCACACCUGUCUAUUGUAAGUUUGCCUAGGCUGUUGGUGUACAGAGACCAGAGGAGAGAUACCCACUGGGACUAACAAUGUCCUAACAAAAUGGUACUUAGUUUGUUGGUCUUUAGGAAAAAGCAUUAGUGAUGAAAGAAGAAAGAAUUUUCAGUUGGUUGGACAUUGGGGCCACUUAAGGAAGUGUUGACAUUUGUUAUGGAAUGACUUUGGAAAGACUUCUAAAAGAAUCUUUUUCAAAUCCCUGAAAAUCAGGAUAGCACAUUUUGCUACUGACUGUGACAGUAUUUUAUUCUUUUGAGAGAAAUGACAUAGUUUUCCCUUUAUUUCCCAAAUUCCUUUCAUGUUCUUAACUGCUACCCAGAAAUUGAGCUCCAGAAGAUUGAGGAUAGCCUUUGAUUGGUAUUUAAAAUAAUUUCUAAGCUGUGAAGCUUAUAGCAUUUUUAAAGUAUGGCUAUUAAAAACACUAAGUUGAUUCUGCAA